AUGGCUGUCAUUACGGUGCAUGGCAUAUUCUGUGUGCUGCUAGUGUUAACGGUAAUGACACAAGUUUCUGGCGAGUGUCCAAGUGGCUUCCUGGUCCAUGGGUCUUCCUGCUAUAUGGACUUCAAUAUACAGGCUACAUGGGCCGAGGCCUCGAUGAUCUGUAACGUUUAUGGUGGAAACUUAGCUGAGAUUGGCGACGAACACGAGCAACAUUUCAUUGCGAGCUUCAUCUCCAGGAAAACACCUACUUCUUACAAGCCUGGCAUUUUCUGGCUUGGAGCCUCUGAUCUCUUGACAGAAGGAGAAUGGAUGUGGUCGAGCGAUAACUCAUUUAUGUCUUAUAAAAACUUCGCACCUAGGGAGCCUAACAAUGCUGAUGGAAAUGAAAACUGCUUGGAGUUUGAUUUUUCCGGUAAUUUCCAAUGGAACGACAACAACUGUGAAAACCUGUACAACUUCGUCUGUGAGGUGCCAAUGAAGAUAUCUUCCGGUGUUGUCAUAGGCUAAGAAACAACUUUUCAUAUUGCAUAUCACACUG